CCGCGCCCCUCGCCACCGCCCCGUUCGGCGUCCGCUGCGUGGUGACGUCAGCGGCGGCGUGCCCCUGUGCCUGAGCCGAGGAGACCCCGCAGCGAGCUGCCAACGCCCGGCGGAGACUCUGAGGUGCUCACUGGAGUUGAUAUUCUAGUAGACUUCAGCUAUGCAGACGAUCAAGUGUGUAGUUGUGGGUGAUGGUGCUGUUGGUAAAACCUGUCUCUUAAUUUCUUAUACAACAAAUAAAUUCCCAUCGGAAUAUGUACCAACGGUUUUCGAUAACUAUGCUGUAACAGUGAUGAUUGGAGGAGAGCCUUACACCCUAGGCCUCUUUGAUACUGCAGGUCAGGAAGACUAUGAUAGAUUACGACCCCUCAGCUAUCCACAGACAGAUGUAUUUCUGGUCUGUUUUUCAGUGGUGUCUCCUUCUUCAUUUGAAAAUGUGAAAGAAAAGUGGGUACCUGAAAUUACUCACCACUGUCCAAAGACUCCUUUCCUGCUUGUUGGGACCCAAAUUGAUCUAAGAGAUGAUCCCUCAACAAUUGAGAAACUUGCCAAGAACAAGCAGAAGCCCAUAACUCCAGAGACGGCUGAAAAACUGGCCCGGGACCUGAAGGCUGUCAAAUACGUGGAAUGCUCUGCACUUACGCAGGAUACUGGCACUGAAGGUGGUGUUGUGAGGCUCACUGCAGUUCAUCCUGGGAAUCCCUAAUCAAAAGAUAGACUAAACUGUAUCUGUUGCAGAGAACAGCUUUAUGCACUUGGAAGCUCAGCCUGAAUUUCUUCCAGAGCACUAGUGCUUGUAUACCCAUUGAUGGUUUUAGGAAUCAAGAGUAACCUGGGAGGAGGGUUCAGAAGCCUUCUCACCUGGAAGACUAGUUGGUUUGCAUCUGCUCUAUUCUUCUUUCUUCAUUUGUUGUUGACUCACCUUACAAAACACCUUUUUCGUCAAUCUGUCAGUAACAGCUGCCAAACAGAAAUGUAGAUUAUCUGCGAAGAGUUGUUUGAAUUUCCCGGCAGUGAUCUGGCUGGCAGCUUGCUAAACACAGAAGUCAGCUGGCUUUCCUAGCUAGGAGGGUUGUUCUCCUACCUGCAAGGCAACGUUGUAGUGGCUGGUUUCAACUGAAGCUACACUCAGCUGGGUAGUUCAAUCUCUCUUUACCUUGGCUUCUGUCUACACAGCUCACCUCAGCAGUCUAGGGUGGUUUUUUCCUUCUGAAGUAAUUUACAGAUUACUUUGACACCACGGUAGCAAGUAAUCAUAAAAUCAUGGAGCCAGAGCAUGUUUGUUUUUUUUUCCUGGGAGGAAGAAUUUGCUUGUCUGUGUGAAAGGGUCGAUGUUCUGUUCUGAAAGUAUUAGGUGAGUUGUAAGAGGCCGAGUUUGAGCCUUUUCUGUAAAGACAGAAUAUCUUCUUCUCCCUGUGUUUGGGUGACUGCAGUACUGAGGAGUCAGUUCUUAUCCCCGCCUUUCCUCAGGUUGUGGAAUCCCUUAUUGUGGCAAAGGCACUUUCAAUGUCUGUUUUCAACCUUUCUCUACAAAAUAGCACCCAAUACCACUGUAAAAAGUGGGUAACACUUUGCUAUUAGGAAAGGGUGACUGACACAGAUUACAACUAAAAUGAUUGUUGCUUCUCUUAAAUGUAAAAGUUAAGUGUCUGAGUGAACUUUCUGAAGCUCAAUGCUAGUACCUAACACAAAGGAGAGCUUUUGAAUUCAGUUCCUUUUUUUCCCCCCUGAUGCUGGGUUGACAGUUUUGACACAGAUUUUUAAAGUGUCUUAAACUGUCCAUGACUGGAGGGUGCAAAGGGAGCUUGAGCUCAACCUGUUCCCCAGUGCAGCACAGGAGCAGUGUUACUUUAACCCGAGUAUCGAGGUCUGUGUGCCAGUGGUAUCAAACGUGGUUCCCUUCACGUGAUUACUCUUGUAGCAUCCAGGCUUUUAACCCCAGUCCCAUUUUUACAAUAAUUUUGUCCCUGUCCUGUUUUUUUUCCUCUUCCCUUAUCCCAUUUUUUUGCUAGGUCCUUCAAAACAAAUCCCAGAUUCUGUUCCAUUGAAAAAAUUAAUUUCUCCUGUGCAACAGGAAAACAAAAGAGGAGUCCCUGAGUAGGAGAAUUAAGGAAGCAUGUUUUCUUGACUCUUGCCCUGCCUGGGUUCUUAAUCUGUAUAAUAGUACAUAAUUGAGUUUAUACUACAGCCGUAUUCUUGCAGAGAAAGAAAAUCUAAUUAGCACUCAGACUUCACAUAGGCAUUAUUUAUCAGAAGUCUCUAGCUCUUUUGUCAGCCAGGGUUGUAACUCAUUUAAAAAAAAAAAAAAGUUGCUGGGGAGGAUUUACAGAAUGAUUGUACAUGGUGAUUUCCUUAACUUCUGUUCUUUCAAGUAUAAUCUUGCAUGUAACAUGAUGGACUUAAAUGCUUCCAGAUGGAAUUGCCUGAGAGAUUUCCCAUGUAUGUGCUUCAGUGAAACAAGAUUAAAGACCUUCUAAAAGGGAUAUAUCCAGUCUAACCUGUGAGGGAGAAACCAGUUACAUUUGAAUGAUUUUAAAAAAAAAAAAAAAAAUCUUAAUUUUGCAAAGGCUACAAUUGUUUACAGGAAGUAAUUUAAGCUUUUCUGUUUGUCUUUAGCUGGGAUAAAGCAGUUCUUCGGAAUUUAUGAAGGUUGCACUCAUGACAGUAGAUUUAGGCGAGUCCAGUUAGCAUAAACUGAGCCAGGUUUCACUUCUGGUGUUCAUGUGUAACUUGGCAGAGUUGCGUGGGAGUGGUAACACACUGCAGUGUUCCUGUUGUGCUUAUAGCAAAUGCAAUGCAUGCUUCGUGCUCCAGCGUAAUCCCUGCAGACUCCUUGCAGCUCUGUGACUGCUUGUCUGGUGUUGGAUCUCAGUUAUUCCAAUCCUAACACCGUUUCUGUCUUCCUGUCACUUGAGUGGUUAUACUUGCUUUGGUAACUAACUGAAUAACUGAAAUGCACCAUUUCCAUGCUGGCUCUCAAUGUCAAAAUAGCAGCACUGGUAAGGUAUUGCAUCGCUUCUUAAAAGACUGAUAGCCAAUGUCUGAAGAUGACAAUGGCUUACCAGAGAGGUACUGCUUCGAUCCCAGAUCAUGUUUCCCCAGCCAUCUGGAGAUCUUCAGUUAUUCAGGGGCUGAAUUCACAAAGCAGAGUUGUUUGGAGCCUUUGCUCUGGACUAGCUGCCGCUGGGAUAGUUGGGAGCAGUAAGUCCGUGCAUCUGAGGUGCUUGCUUAUCCAUGGUGGGUGACUAAAAAAGGUUUACCUGACCUUUUGGAUCCCUGUGGUGGGGCAGGCUGCUCUCCCCUGUGUUUAUUCCCCUGUAAACUCCCUCAGUGUAUAUUCAGCAGUUAAAUGGAAACCAUCACCUUUUCUGCGGCCCCUCCCACCCCCUUGUUCUUGCCAAUUGCCGCUGUGUUUGUGCCUCUGCCCUUCUGGGUGUUCAUUUUGUCUAACUUGGUCUGUCACAUGUUCUGUCUGUCUCUGACAUUGACUUCUGGGUCACCUAAAUGAGAUUUCCUCCUGGGAUCUACUUUGUUUUUUGCAAAGUAAAUCUGUUUACUGCCUCUGUGAAUUCAGCCUGGUCUAUCCUGAAUGCUCUUUGUAUCUGCUUGUUUUUCUCUAAUCCUCUAACCUGGCUGCUGUUUUUUCUCCUCCCCUCUGUCUUGUAGAGAGGUCUGAAGAAUGUGUUUGAUGAGGCUAUCCUAGCUGCCCUCGAGCCUCCGGAAACUCAGCC